AGUCUCACCCUUUCCCCGUUUUUUUUUUUUUUUAAACUCUGUGAAUUGCAGACACAAUACAAAGACGUUUAUUUUGGCAUUAGACCCGUUUUGUGAACGACAACUUCACAAGUUUAACAGAUGGCGAAUCGGCCUCUAUUUAACCUAAAAUGUAGGCAUAUUUUCUCAUGAAAUAGGCAGGCCCUGCACGUCCAUUGAGAGGAAGGCAAAAAAAAAAUCAUGAUUUCAACAAAAAAUCGUGCCCAGAUUUUGUAAACACUGCGACAGGCUUGCAGUGGAGCUACAAGGGAGUCAAGCGCUUUUAGUCAGCUGGGAUAGCAAACAUACCUAGACAUAUGUACAUUUUGGUUCGUAGGCACUGAUCCUCUGUCUCAUUGUAAAUAACAAUCUGACCACUUCACCUACGGUUUCACUACCUCUCCUCAAAUCGACUAUGGCUGAGUUAUCACAGGUGCUCUGAGCUGUUUCAAAACGCGGUCUGAAGUUCUGAGGGCCGAAACAUCCUCAGAUGUAGGCUAGAGCAUCUAACCACUGCAUUCAGAUUUUUAAAUGACGCCUGUGGGUACAGUCUGAAGGAGUGAUCUAUGUUAUUCUGUGAAAUAUGAUGUUUAAAUGUCCAAGGGGAACGAUAUUUAAAGUGCCCCAUUUUGAGCAACUAUGAUGGAACACUUUUGUUACACAGGAAACGUGUCCCAAGCAACCCGUAUGACUAUGGAGCCUCCACCCCUGCCUUCCUCCCCCAUGGCUGCCAAGGGCAAGUGGGGCGCCCUGAAGGAGAAGGUGGGCAGCCCAGGUGCCCAGGAUGAGAGCGACGCGCGGCUGGAGGCCAACCUGGAGAACGCAGACCCCGAGCUGUGCAUCCGGCUGCUGCAGGUGCCCACCGUGGUGAACUACUCGGGCCUGCGGCGCCGGCUGGACGCCAGCGACCGGGACUGGAUGCUGCAGUUCCUGGAGCUGGGCGGGCUCGACCUGCUGAUGGAGGCGCUGGAGCGACUGUCGGGGCGCGGCUGCGCCCGCAUCGCCGACGCCCUGCUGCAGCUCACCUGCGUCGGCUGCGUGCGCUCCAUCAUGAACUCGGCCGCCGGGAUCAACUUCAUCGUUGAGGAGGAGGGAUACGUCAGAACGUUGUCGCAAGCAUUGGAUACCUCCAACACCAUGGUGAAGAUGCAGGUGUUUGAGCUGCUGGCAGCUCUGAUCAUGUUCUCCCCUAAAGGUCAUGACCUGGCUCUGGACGCUCUGCAGCACUAUAAGAACGUGAAGAGCCAGCAGUAUCGCUUCAGUGUGAUCAUGAACGAGCUGCAUGCCACCGACAACGUGCCGUACCAGGUGGCCCUGCUCAGCGUGGUCAACGCACUCAUCUUCAGCACUGAGGAGCUGAGGAGCAGGGACAAGCUACGCAAAGAGUUAAUCGGUUUACAGAUCCUAGAUAUCCUGCCAAAACUACGGGAGCAGGAGGAUGAAGACCUGCUCAUCCAGUGCGAGGCCUUCGAGGAGACGAUGGCUGAGGAUGAGGAGGAGCUGCAGAGGGUGUUUGGCGGCAUCGAUAUGAGCAGCCAUCACGAAGUCUUCAGCGCUCUCUUCACUCAAGUGAGCAGCUCCCCAUCCUCCGUCCAGCUGCUGACCAUCCUGCAGGCCCUGCUGCUGGUGGGCCCUGAGCGGGAGGACUUGUGGCUGGCUCUGGAGGCCUUGGCCGACCGCGCCACGCUGCUGGCCCAAGACUCUGAAGUUCACUCCACUGAGCGACUCAUGGCGCGGUUGCUGGCUGGCAAAGGCGCAUCCGGUCACCAGGAGAGAGAACAGGUUAGGAAGUCAAUCAAGAUGAGAGACAAGGCUGUGCAGACCGCCCCUAUAGAAGAGCUUGGAGAGAAGAAGAUGGCCGACACGAAUGUAGAGAUCGCUCCACAAGAAGGCCAAAAAACAGGAGCGGCGCCACCACCACCACCUCCUCCUCCUGCACCUCCUCUCCCAGGCAUGGGAGGUUCUGUACCCCCACCUCCCCCCUUACCUGCUAGUGGUCCACCCCCACCUCCCCCUCCCGCUCCACCACCACCUCUCCCUGGAGUUCCUGGUGUUCCUCCUCCACCUCCUCCCCCUCCACCUCUCCCAGGGAUGCCAGGUGUGGGUCCUCCACCCCCACCUCCUUUACCAGGCAUGGGUCCUCCACCCCCACCUCCUUUACCAGGCAUGGGUCCUCCACCCCCACCUCCUUUACCAGGCAUGCCACCUCCACCCCCACCUCCUCCGGGAUGUGGGGACAUAAUCAUGGCCCACACCCUUCAGACUCUGGGUCGCUCCUAUGCUCUUCCCCCAAAGCCAGGCCACUACCCAACACUCCGCAUGAAGAAGCUCAACUGGCAGAAGUUGCCCGCAAAUGUAGUUUCUGUCAGUCGUUCCAUGUGGACAUCCACACGGUCCGACUCAUCGGAGCCAGACUACUCCAGCAUUGAGGAGCUCUUCUCCAUGCCCGUAGUGGACGCCAAAGGGACGAUCCCCGCGGUUAAGAAGGUGCCCAAAGAGAUAUCAUUUAUUGACGCCAAGAAAAAUCUCAACUUGAACAUAUUCUUAAAGCAAUUUAGGUGCUCCAACGAGGACUUUGUUGCAAUGGUUCGCAAUGGAGAUCGCUCUAAGUUGGAUGUGGAGGUGCUGAAACAACUGAAGAAACUCCUUCCAGAGAAGCACGAGAUUGAGAACCUCAAAUCUUACGACGGCGAGAGAGAAAAACUUGCUGGUGUUGAUCAGUUUUAUCUGCUGCUGAUAGCUGUGCCAGGCUACCCUUUGCGUAUUGAGUGCAUGCUGCUGUGUGAGGAGACGACCAACGUACUGGAGAUGAUGAAACCAAAAGUAGAGAUCCUGGAUGCAGCCUGUGACAGCCUGAAAGAAAGCUCCCGUUUUCCAGAGUUCUGCAAUCUUAUUCUGGAUGUUGGCAACUUUCUCAACUAUGGGAGUCACACAGGCAAUGCAGAGGGCUUCAAGAUAAGCACGCUGCUGAAACUCACAGAGACCAAAGCCAACAAGUCCCGCAUCACGCUGCUCCAUCACAUACUUGAGGAGGCUGAACAGAACCAUCCUGACCUGCUGAAACUUGCUGACGACCUGGAGAUUUGUGAGAAAGCCGCAGGAGUCAGCCUGGAUUCUGUCCAAUCGGAGGCUAACACCCUGAUUAAAGGUCUGAAGGAUUCAGAAAAGAAAGUUUCCUCCUCUUCAAUAGAGGACAUUAAAGGACAGUAUCUGAACGACAUCAAGGCCUGCCUGGAUCAUAGUGGAGAUCUUGAGGAGCGCCUGGCCUCCAUUGAGAGGAAGAAGGAGGACAUGGCUCUGUACUUCUGUGAAGACGCCGCACGCUUCUCACUUGAGGAGCUCUUUGGGAUCCUGAGGACCUUCCGUGGCCUCUUCCUCAAAGCUAUUAAAGACAACCACAACAGAAAAGAACAGGCCAUCAAAGCGGAGAAGAGGCGGAUACAGAAGGCAGAGGAGGAGGCCAAGCAGGAGAGAGGAGAAGACGGAAAGAUCAUACGCAAAGGCCCUCCGAUUCAAGAGGAGGGCUGCAUCAUCGACCACCUGCUGGCUGACAUCAAGAAGGGCUUUCCACUGAGGAAGGCCAGGCCACGGGCAGAGAAGGACAAACUGCCACCUGGUGGCAGGAACAGGCAUAGCAUUCAGACUGAUGAGACCACGAAACCUGAGGGAGGUCCCAUCCCUGGCAACGCCCGAGCCGGAGAUGAACCUGUGGCUUUGAGCAGGGAGCCACGGGAGUCCAGUGAGCCGAGCCCUCCGCAGGAUGACACUCCACAACCAACCACACCCAUAUCAGGGCCACCAGCUGUCCCCGCAGACUCUCUGACCCGCCCCGAUCAGUCCGAGGGGGGAGAACCCCAGACUGAGGUGUGCGAGCCGCCCAAGAGGACUAUAGCAGGGCCUCAGGAGAGUGAAGGGGGUCUGGGUGUAGACCAGGCAGACAUUAAAGGGAAUGCGCUCCUUGCCAGAGCAGUGGAUCUGACGCCAGCGAGCCGGAGCGAGGAGAGCGUAGCGGAGGCGGUAGAGGAGAGGGACGUCUCGGAGGAGGUGGAGGAGAGGGACGUCUCGGAGGAGGUGGAGAGGGACGUCUCGGAGGAGGUGCCCGCUGCUGCAGGAGUAAACGUCACGGGAAAAAAAGGGGUUUGCUCAAAGGGUUUGCACAACAAGGACACGCAGAGAAAAAGCCAAGAUUCGGGUACAGGAGCCAAGCACAACAAACCCAAAAAAAAAAAAAAAAAAUGUGUUGUUCAGUGAGGGGGCGCUAAGAGGAGAAACAAAAUCAAGUCCAAAGGCCAGACAUCCAAACUCAAAAAAUAGAUGGACCUUUGAUUCUGGAUUUGAAAAUAAAACCUGAUACUGACCGCAUGGAUAACAAAAGCAAUCUGCAGUUCCCCCUGACUACGGGGGAAUGAAUGUAUGGAGUCUAUCCCCAUCACGGACUCUGAGAAGGAAAUGUUCACGUGUGCCUGAUUAUCUGAAAAUGUCACAUACAUACAAAGAACAUCAUGUAACGCUCUGUAAUUCAGCACAUUUCAAAGAUAUGUGACAAACGAACCUGUCUAUACUGACUAAAAUGAUUUCUUUUCUCAUAUCAGUUCAGACCAAUCAAUCAAUUGGUCACUGAGAGAUGUUAUUUUAAAAUACCAUAUUUUAUUACUAGAAAGACUCUUGUUUACACUGAUAACUGUUGCAUUCACUCUUAAAGCAAAUUGUAGAAUGUAAUCAAAAGUAUGACAAUAAAGUGGCUGCUUCGUUGGAGUCUUUCCAAGCUA